AAUUAUCACGGUACGGCACGACCGACCGACCGACGACAGCCACGGUACCACACCAUACCAAAAAUCAGAGUUCAUUUAUCAAUAAAUUAUCAUUCGUUAUUUUGCUUUUAACUUGUUCGGUUGUUCAUCGCCAAAGUAAAGUGUUUUAUUUUCCCUCACGAACGACCCGACCGUCCAAAUAAAAUAAAGGUCCAACUGGGCAAAGAAAUCGCUAGCGCUACGUAAUAAAUAAAAAUACCAAACGCGAAAUAACUGAAUUCUGUUUAUUGUUUUAACUUAAAAUCUAUUUCCGAAUUGAAAUAAAAUAAAAAAACCAAAUACCAAAAAGUAAAAACAAGUUCGCGUAUUCCAAAUCAGGAAGAAGAAAAGAAAAAACUUAACACGUCGUAUGUUAUUGAUUUUGUGCAAAAAGCAAAAAUAGUGAACAAUAAAUAAGAAUCGUAAAAGAUUCCUAAAAAUGUACAAAACGAUCUUCAAAUAUUAAUUUGGAGUUUCAAAGAGUGAUUCAUUCAUUUUAUGGUCAAAGCAAUUCACUUGAAGAUCAUACGAUUUGACGUCGACGUCACAGCACUGUGUCCGUGAUACCACACCGCGUCGUAUCGCAUUUUAUAAAAUAAAACCACAGACAGUAAAAACUACAAAAGAUUUGUCCACUGAUAGUGGGAUUUUCAAAGAAGAUUCAAUCUUCCUGCACAGUUCUCGAAAAAUAAAUAAGGAAUACUCAAACUGUAUUGUUGUUGCUGUUGUAGUAUAUUAUUUGGUUGCUUAUUUUUUGGAUUUCAUUUCGGUCAACCGAAUUGUAUUUGGAUAACACAACCAAUUCAAUUUUGCUAUGGCAUCAUCGUCUGUGAUAGCUAACAAUUCAAUUACAUCUCACUCGGUAGCUCUUGGGGCGUCAGCUUCGUCGUCGUCGUCGUCUUCUUCGUCGUCUCCUUCAAAAACUACAGCUUCUAAUCUAUCUUCAUCGUCUCGCAAAAGAACUUACAGAAGUGCACUCUCGAUGCCCACCUCAGCAAUGAAGGCCACAUCUUUGGACGAUGAAACAGGACUUCUCACUUCGAAAUCUCCAUCAGUUAUCGAUUUGGAUAUUCAACAUAGUGAUGAAGCUGAUAAUAUACCAGAUUUGCCAGAUGAUGUGGAUCUAAUUAAAGGCGUUGCUGGUACAUUUCCCAAUGGGACCACAAGUAGCAAGAAGAAGUAUGUUCCGCCUAAAAGUACGAACUACUGCAAUUCUAUUGAAAUUCCGACUAUUUGCAAGCCAGCACCUUUUUCAACAGAUGAAGAAGCUAUUCUGGAGUGUGAAAGAUGCGAUUAUACGCAAAGAAUUACCUACCAAAUGGCACGUGCUGGCCAAACACCAAGACGUGUUCGUGUAUAUGCUGAUGGAAUAUAUGAUUUAUUUCAUCAAGGUCAUGCAAGGCAGCUUAUGCAGGCCAAAAAUCUAUUCCCCAAUGUAUAUUUGAUUGUUGGAGUUUGUAGUGAUGAAUUGACUCAUAGUAAAAAGGGUCGUACUGUAAUGAACGAUUCAGAACGCUACGAAGGCGUUCGUCAUUGUCGCUAUGUUGAUGAGGUUGUUCCUGAAGCUCCAUGGGAACUAACAGAUGAAUUCAUAGAUGAACAUAAAAUUGACUUUGUUGCACACGAUGACAUUCCAUACACCGGAGAAGGUGUCGAUGAUAUUUAUGCCCCAUUAAAAGCAAGAGGAAUGUUUGUUGCAACUGAACGCACAGAAGGUGUUUCUACCUCUGAUAUUGUAGCUCGCAUUGUUAAGGAUUACGAUUUGUAUGUUCGUCGCAAUUUAGCACGAGGUUAUUCAGCCAAAGAUCUUAAUGUAUCAUUCCUGUCCGAGAAGAAAUUCCGAUUACAAAAUAAAAUGGAUGAACUCAAAGAUCGUGGUCGUCGUGUUAUGACCGAAGUUAAGGGUGACAUUAUCACAAAAUGGGAAGAGAAGUCACGCGAGUUUAUUGAUGCGUUCCUUUUGCUUUUCGGUCGGGAACGUCUUAAUCAUUUGUGGAAUAAUUCCAAAGGUAAAUUAAUACAAGCUUUAAGUCCACCUGGAAGUCCUAGUGGAUCAGUCGAUGGGGAUUAUGAAGAUUUCGACGAUGACGAAGACAUCCCAGAUGCAACAACUGUUGAUCAAUCACCAUCGGCGAGGCGUUCCUAUCGUACUGCUGCCUCUACAUCGACGGUGGAUAGCCGUCUAACUAAAAGACCAACGGCGGCGACGACCGCAGCAACACAUAAUACUGAUGAUGAUGAUGAUGACUACGAGGAAAGGAGAAGCAAUUAAGAUUGUUUGAUUGAGCAACCCAUCGAAGAGAGAUAAAAACAUUCUAUUGACAUCCUUUUAGCAUCAUUCAAAAAUUUCCUUGCUUACAGUUGUUUCUAUUUUGAUUCUCUUUCUCUUACUCUCUCUCUAUCUUAUAUGAUAUGUAGACUUUAGUCUAGUAUAAUACAAAAAAACUAUUAUUUUUGUUUUCUCUUGAACAUUAACGUGAAUUGCUUGAUGCAUUAUAAAAGUGCAGUAAUCCUAACCUGUCGGUAUCAUCGGUGCAUGUCUCAUAGAGAAAAGUAGUAAACAUGAUUCCUUCAUCAGUUUUAAAACUGGGACAAGGAUCAAGUGUGAAAUAAAUCAAAAAAUUAAAAUAAAAAUGCUAAAGAUUGCUACUUUUUGUUUCGCUAUACUCACAGCGAACUUUUUAAGACGUUUCUGUUCAAAUAACUUAUUUUUUGUAAGCCUUUUAUUUUUUAAAGAUAUUCUGUUGUUGAACAAACAAAAAUAAGUGACAGAAUUCCUUUAAAGAACAAAAUAAGCUUACAUCUAAAAUUUUGUUUCUUUAUUUUUUAUAAAAUUCUUUAAAGAAUUUUUUCUUAUAUAAACAAAAAAUGAUAUAGAACAUGAAAUGUUGUUUAGCUUUAGUUUUUACAAAAAAAAAUUUGUUGUUUUUUUUGAAUUUAAUUUAUUAUAAAACAUUUACAACUGAUGGCGAUAAUAUAUAUAUUUCUUAAAACCAAAUAAUUUUGUUUUGUUAAUAACAAAAAAGAAAACUAAUAGAGUUAUUUCAUCGUUUGUUUUGCGUUAUAGCGGCAACAAUUACUGUUUUAAGAAUAUAAUAGUGAAACAAAACAAAAUAUUAAUAAUUUGUUUCACUACCAAAAUAAAAAAUAUAAAUAAUAAUGUAUUAUAUUAUUUAUAAUAAUUAAUAAAAAUAAAAACUUGUCAUGUCACAAAGAAAAAAAA